UGUCUUUCUUCUUCUUCUUCGUCUUCUCCACUUUCAGAUUUGAUGCUCUCAUAUUUGUCAAGACUUUAAAACACUACGGAACACAAAAGCGGAAAUUGCAGAUAUCAAAGGGUUGAAUUGAAUCCAUGGCUGAUGUACAGUUGAAGCAAAGAGGCUACAUCUGGGCAAUUUCAGCUGGACUCAGUGCAGCUCUUGCCGCCAUUUCAGCCAAGUUCUUCUCAUCUCUUGUGAUUAAGUAUGGGUUAGUUGUAAUCUGCAAUGUGGUUAUGUGGGCAUGUUAUGUAAACAGUUUAAGAGCUCUCUCAUCUCUACAAGCUACUGUCACAAACUUUGCUGCUAAUUUCCUCUCUUCCGGUUUAGCUGGCUUGUUUCUGUUUCAAGAAUCCUUAUCCUUCCGCUGGUUUGCAGGAGCUUUAUCGAUUACCAUUGGAGUUCUAAUCCUCAGUAAGUCGAGUAUCGAUAAAAAGGUUAGCACGGAUUAGUCAAGAAUUCGAUCUGAUAGCUUUUUUUUUGGAGAAGGAUGCUUUUGGUUUCUAGCAAUUAGAGAUGUUAAGUUGUUCUGAGGUUUGAGUUUCAGAGGCUAUUUGAUAAAAGGAACCAUACUGUAUUUAGCCAAUAUGCCAAUUUGGUUUCCACUUCUAUUGCAGCUAGAGUCUCUAAUCAUCUUUA